AUGAACGACAUCUACAAGGCAGCGGUUGAGCAGCUGACAGAUGAACAAAAAAAUGAGUUCAAGGCCGCCUUUGACAUCUUUGUACAAGAUGCAGAGGACGGCUGCAUCAGCACCAAGGAGCUGGGGAAGGUAAUGAGGAUGCUGGGCCAGAACCCCACACCAGAGGAGCUGCAGGAGAUGAUUGACGAGGUGGAUGAAGACGGGAGUGGCACGGUGGAUUUUGACGAGUUCCUGGUCAUGAUGGUGAGGUGCAUGAAGGACGACAGCAAAGGGAAGUCAGAGGAAGAACUCGCAGAGCUGUUUCGCAUGUUUGACAAGAAUGCAGAUGGUUACAUUGACCUGGACGAGCUGAAAAUGAUGCUGGAAUCUACAGGAGAGACGAUUACCGAGGACGACAUCGAGGAGCUGAUGAAAGACGGGGACAAGAACAAUGAUGGCAAAAUUGACUACGAUGAGUUCUUGGAGUUCAUGAAAGGAGUGGAGUAAUCUCGAACAAGAGAAGAUCCAAAGUGUUAUUUUUGUAUUUCUCUGUGAUUCCACGAUCAUCUGUGGAAAACUGGAAGCUGAUUUGGAUGCCGUUGAUAGAAACCAUGGAACGACUUUGCAAGAUUCAGUUCAAUGCUGUGGCUGAAUGUUUCUGUAUUUUUCUACCGUCUCUUGCAUUGUUGUAAAUACAGUUUUUAACUACUUUUGGAGCCCAUGUAUAAUGAAUUUAUGUAAAUGUAUCCAAAUUACGUAUAUUUUCUAUAGAGACCACAUAGCACACCAGUUUGGCUGCUUGAAAUAUAAACUUUGUAUUUGAUUCCAACUAAAUCUUAUCUCUGACAUGCCACAGCCAGUUUACAAAUCUUCUUACUGAGAGGCUGAUAUUGUUUAGCUGGGCAAAAAAUGUUUAUUUGUGCACAAAGCAGAACGUAUCCAUGAGUCAACAUAGUUUUACACCAGGCUCUGGUAAACUAAUAGAGCAACGCACUGGAUCCAGUCUGUAUACUGUACAUGUUCUGAUGUGCACAUCGUAUACAUUCUGUAUCAUCACUCAGAUUCCCUCAGGACUUUUUGUUCCCCUCCCAUGCCCCUCAAAUGCCUGCAUAGUUCUACAUGAAAAGUCUGCUUGCAAUGUGCACUCAUGCAAUAAACAAUGAGAACAGUC